AUGAAGUGGCUCAAUCAGAUCAUGAUGGCAGUUGCCACGGCUCCUCUGGUUACACCUCAGUCCUUCCAGUCCACUCCCGUGAUGGGCUGGAACUCGUAUAAUCAAUUCUCAUGCAGCCCCAACCAGCAAGUCAUUAAGGAUACUAUCGAAGCCCUUGCCGGACGCGGAUUUGUUGACGCUGGCUACAAGUUCUUCCAAAUUGAUUGCGGUUGGGCAUCUCGAGAUGCCCAGCGAGAUUCUGCUACGGGAGCAAUCAAAGUCAACAAAAAUGCCUUCCCUGACGGGCUGAAACCCCUCAGCGACUUGGCGAGGUCGAAGGGAAUGAACUGGACCAUGUAUUCCGACGCUGGUGUACGCAUGUGUGAUCCUGAAGUGCCCUCUCCUGUACUAGGAUCUCUCGGUCAUGAAGCUGCCGAUGCCGCCUUUUUCAAGUCAUUGAAUACAGAUUAUCUCAAAUAUCAUCCUGCUAAUCAUGAUCUAGAUGACAAUUGCUAUGCUGAUGGAUCUAAGAGUUCUCAAAACGCUCCCAAGGAUGCACGCACUGACUUCGUCACUCGUUACACCACCAUGUGGAAUGAAUUGCAGAAAGUCGGUAUUCCUGGAAUGCUUAUUUGUCAAUGGGGCGUUCCCUACUCUUCAUCAAGCGGCCUUGAAGGUCCUGCCCAGUGGGCAAAGAGCUUGUCUACUUCAUUCCGCCUCUCAGACGAUAUCGGCCUUGGAUGGAGCAACGUAUAUCGCAUCUACAACCAAGCCAUCCAUAUUUCUCACUUCAACCUCACAGGGCCUGGUUACAUUGCCGAUGCUGAUCUUCUCGAGGUUGGCAACCCUGGCAUGACAUUUGAUGAGCAAGCCACACAUUUCGCCUCAUGGGCAAUGCUCAAAUCUGCUCUUAUGAUCUCCACCAAUGUCUCAGCGCUAUCUGAUCAGACUAUCGCUUUGCUUCAAAACAAGGAUUUGAUCUCCAUAAACCAGGAUUCGCUUGUAAAACCUAUCAGCCUGGUGCAACGAUGGACCGGUGAUCGGGACUUAUGGCAGGGACCUCUUGCAAAUGGAGACGUCGCGGUGCUCUAUGUCGACCUAAGUAAUACGAAGCGAACUCUCAACCUCGAACUUUCUGCCCUUGGUAUCAAGUCCGCCAAUAUAAAGAAUCUGUGGACAGGCAAGACUCUUAAUGACGCCACCUCAAUCUCCACGCAAGUGAAUGGCCAUGGAUCUGUUGCAUUACGUCUCUCAAAUGUUCAGGGAGCCAGUGACACAAAGAACUACAGCUAUGUCUCUAUUUCAACCGGAAUCUUGUCCUCUGGUGCCAAAAAGAGCUCUUGCUCUGGCUGCAUGUCCUCCUCCAAAGCCAGCUUCCUCGGUGGCAGAUCCAACGGCCAAGUUGUUCUCUCGAAUAUCAGCACAUCCAAGUCCACACAAAACGUCAUUUUCGAUUACAUCAACGCCGACGUCCAGUACAUCGGUGGCACAAACGAGCGUCUGGCUUCUAUCAAAGUUAAUGGAGGCGCUGCGCAGAGCGUGAGCUUUCCGCUUACUGGCUAUGAUUGGGACAAGGACGUCUACGGCAACUACACUGUAGAACUUUCCGGUUUUAAUACCAGGGGGCCUAACACUAUCACUAUUUCUGGAGUGAAUGGAGCUUGGGCGCCUGAUUUUGAUAGACUAGCUGUCCUCUCUUAG